CAGUAGUACUUGCUGUAUUGUUGUUUUAGCCAGUCAAGCAGUAACUAGCUACUUAGCUAUCUCAGGUACCAUGAAUGAUAUAAGCACCCAUAACUAGUAUGUGUGUCAUCUCUAUUCCCUGAAGUAUCCAUACAGUAUUGUCUUGACAGCUGUAGCUAGUGGGUGGCACAUAUUGUUGUUAUUAUUAGCGUGUUAUGCAAAGCUACACAACCUGUGUUUUUACAUGUCCGUUUGCACAUCCAUUGUACACACAUCACCCUAACAGAGUUACUGCAUUGCAUCAUCAGGAGGAGGAGAUUUCAGCUGCAAUGGAGGACAGGCAGUAUUGGGAGCCCGGACCCACUUUUCAUUCCGAACAGAGCCCGUUUUCAUAAAGCAUCUCCGACUAGGACUGCUGCUCAAGGGUGUUUUCGUUGAAGAGUGCAUGGCGUCUGCAUCAGAAGACAGCAUGGCGUCCCUGUGCCAGAGCCAGCAGCAGUGUGUGAAGGCCUCCAUCGUGUCCAGCUGGCAGCUGGUGGAGGCUCAGGACCAGCUGUGUGGGCUGGAGCUGCACGGCUCCGAGAGUGUUGAGCAGGAGCAUGCCCGCGCCAUUGCCAGCCAAUCGGAGCUCUCUCAGACGGAACAAGAGUGGCGCCGGAAGGAGAACAUGCUGGGAGGCAGCAGAAGCCCUGUGCUCAGUGCUGACAGCAGCCAGGAUGUGUUUGACAAGAGUAUUAUUAAUUCAAGAAGUAAAAACGUUGAAUUGGAGGAUCAUGACCAGAGCAAAACCUUUGUUCAGAAGUAUGAACAAGAAUUUAGACAUUUCGGCAUGUUGCGGAGGUGGGAUGACAGCCAGCGGUUCCUGUCUGACCUGCCUCACCUCGUCUGUGAGGAGACUGCCAACUACCUGAUCCUCUGGUGCUUCAGACUACAGGCUGAAGAGAAAGAGGCGUUGAUGGAGCAGGUAGCUCACCAGGCUGUUGUUAUGCAGUUUAUCCUGGAGAUGGCCAGCACCUCCCAGCAGGACCCCAGAGGCUGCUUCCGUCAGUUCUUCCACAAAGCCAAAGCAGGACAAGAGGGGUACUUGGACGUAUUCCAUACUGAGCUAGAGGCCUUUAAGCAGAGAGUAAAAGAGCACACUGUCAAGUGCAAAGGAGAGACACACCCUAACUUUACAGAGCACCAGAGCAGCACAGCACGCUGUCGUCCGGACCCCAAAGAAGUUCUAGAAUCUUUACCCCCUGAACUGAAGUCCGGCUUCCAGCUGCAAGACAUGCAGAUUCUCCAGAAUGUUCUCAGCACCAUGAAUCCACAGGUGGCAGAGUACCAUGUGAAGCGCUGCCUGGAGGCUGGCUUGUGGACCAACAGAGAAGGGAGAUGGUCCAAGGAGGACGCUGCUUUAGAAACAGACGACCUGCGCAUGAUGGAGACAUAGCGAAUGUGGCGCAAGCGCCCUCCUUCUCCCCAUCGGUUCAUGACACUCAAUAGAAAUAUUACAAAAUGGAGGAAAAAAGGGGCUGAGCUCCCAGACUUAUUUUUGUAUGCUGCAGAAUCUGCGCUGGAAUGUGUCCUGCACUUUAUAUUUGUUCAAAACAAAAAAAAGUAUUUAAGGGAAGACGAUUGGUAGGUAUUUUGAAGUGCUUACUGUACCUUUGCUUAUAUCGCUAAAGUAUCUCUUAUGUCAUAUCUUGAAGGGAGUUUAAAACAGUUUAUCUACAGUAGGUUUGGCUGGAUCCGGCACAGUCCUUCCCUAGCAGGAGGGGGGGGAACCUGAGCAUUAGAAUAAAACACGCUCUUGUUGUAACUAAAAGUACACGUUGUUUUUUAAUGGACGAAACAAAAGGCCCGUUCCUGGACUCAUGGUUCUGCAGUGGACAUCUCCGACAUGCUGUCUAAAACUGCUAUGACACUAGCGUUAUGUGGUCAAAACUUUCAGAGGAACUGCUCAGUGCUCCUUUAAACUCCGGCGUGUCCAGUUCGUCGUCAUUAGGCCAAACGUUGACAGUACCACGGUGUUGCCACGACGACACAACUAUGCAAAGUGAUCUGUUGACCGCUGUACCCGAAUUCUUUUGUUUUUGUUACUGCUCGUCACUCCACCUCAACCAACCCUCCAAAAAUGUGUCCGUCUGUCUAUGGCCGUCAAAGAAGAAUGAGCUUCUCAACAUAAGUGUGUGGCUGCUAAACCUGCUCACAGACUUGAUUGUGGAAUAGAAACGGGUCGUAAAACUUUCUGGCUGACGUGGCGUGAUUAACAUCCUGUGUCAGGCUCUGCUUCGGUGCUCUGUUUGAAAUGGAACAGCUUUAAAACAACUGUGUUCAGGGGAAAUGCUUUUCACAGGCCUACCCGCCAUAUUAGGUACUUAGACUUUUGCAGAGCGUCCACGGUCGACAUUAAAUGGAAAGCUGUUUGUUGCUUUUCACCAUUUAAAUCUUUUUAUUGUAUUUGUUUAUUUUACAUUUUUAAACAGUUGGCCUGAAUACAGUCUCUUCCAGCUAGUGAGACUUGAUAAUAAAUAACACACUUGUUAUGAAAUAAAGUUUAAGGUUCAUUAAAGUAUAUUCAUACAUGUA